AUAAAUACCAUGUCACACCCUCUCAACUUUCCAAACUUUUCAAAAACGCCACCGAAUUCAAGUACUACUGCCACCACUAUGCAAGCCUCCCGAUACUCUCUUGCAUGUACUCCAAUUGUCACAAAUCUCACCCACCACCACCGUGUCACACCCACCGUCACAUUCCGGCGGACACUACAACAACCCAUCUUCGCCGUGGCAGCACCAGCGCUAACAAAACCCCAGAAAACACACUCCCUCCCACCUGAAAAAAUCGAAGUCUUCAAAUCACUUGAAGACUGGUCAACCCAACAGGUGUUGCCAUUACUCAAACCCGUGGAAAAAUGCUGGCAGCCCCAGAACUUCUUACCCGACCCGGCCAUGCCGGUGGAUGAGUUCAAUGAACAAGUUCGCGCAUUGCGUGAGCGAACAGCCGGGCUGCCCGAUGAGUACUUCGUGGUGCUGGUGGGCGAUAUGAUCACCGAGGACGCUUUGCCCACGUACCAGACGAUGAUUAACACGCUCGAUGGGGUCAAGGACGAGACCGGGGCCAGCUCCAGCCCGUGGGCCUUGUGGACUCGGGCUUGGACCGCUGAGGAAAACCGGCAUGGUGAUUUGCUCCGGACGUAUUUGUAUUUGUCGGGUCGGGUUGAUAUGCUCAUGAUUGAAAGGACUGUCCAGUAUCUAAUUGGAUCCGGCAUGGACCCGGGAACGGAGAACAAUCCGUAUUUGGGCUUUGUGUACACGUCAUUUCAAGAGCGAGCCACGUUCAUAUCGCACGGCAACACGGCUCGUUUAGCCAAGGAGAGCGGUGAUCCAGUGCUGGCGCGCAUAUGUGGCACGAUUGCAUCCGACGAGAAGCGCCACGAGAUUGCGUACACGAAGAUCGUAGAGAAGCUCCUGGAAGUGGACCCCACGGGCGCGAUGAUGGCCAUCUCAGAUCUGAUGAAGAAAAAGAUCACGAUGCCAGCUCACCUGAUGUACGAUGGGCGGGACCCACGGCUUUUCGAGCACUUCUCGGGUGUGGCUCAACGGCUCGGCGUGUACACGGCUCAUGACUACGCGGACAUAUUGGAGUUCUUGAUUGGAAGGUGGGGGUUGGCGAAGCUGGAAGGAUUGACGGGUGAGGGAAGACGCGCACAGGAAUUUGUGUGUGGGUUAGCGCCCAGGAUUAGGAGGCUGCAAGAGGUGGCGGAUGAGCGAGCAAAGAAAAUGAAGGCACAUGGCGUGAAAUUUAGCUGGAUUUUUGAUAAGGAAGUGAAGCUUUAAGUUUAUGAGUGAGUUGUAAAGCGUUUUUGUUUUUGUAAAAUGGUUUUUUUUUUUUUUCAAUUUGGAGUUUGGUUAUAUCUUCCAAUUUUAUACUAGUCUUAUAAAGCUUAGACUUUUUUUCUU